AUGUCUGAAAUAAACAAGCCUUCGUUAAGUCAAUAUUUUGGUGCGGAAGAAAAUAUAAAUCUAGAUAAUGGUAUAAACGAUACUUCUAAUAAAAUAAAAGAUAUUCAGCUGAAUGACGAGCCAAAUGCUGUAGAUAAACAGGAGCCUGAAGUGUGCAGGUUAUUUUCCGAAAGUUUGCCACAACCUAAAGACCCAACAGCUGCUUUUUUUGACUUGAUUGGAAAUAGUCAUACAACUGGGUCUAAUGGCUUAAUAUCAGAUUUAGGAAUAACAAGUAAUGAGGAUGUUUAUAGUCCUAGAGUGGCUGUAGGGUCAGAAGCUGAUCGCAGGAGAGAUGCUUGGAUUCCCAGUGAAAAAACCAGACAAUGUCUUAUUGCUAGUGCUACUGCACCACCUGGUACAUAUACAGUGGAUAGGGAUAUGCUUACAAUGCCUGGGGUUUUACUUGAGGAAGAUUUGGGUGACAGUGUGGGCGACGCAGUCUCGAUGUGCCUUGGCGAGGCAGAAGCCGCCCAACGGCGUGUUCUAAACGCAGCCGACGUGACGCAAGACGAGCGCGGCCUAAGGGAGUUGGUACAAGCCGGCGCGUUUCGUUCCGCCAUUAACUUAACCGCCAGGUUAUUAACCAUAUACGGCCAAGGCCGAGGCAGAUCAGGCUUUCAAUCGAAGCACUCGCCGCACUCACUGCAACUCUGGUUCACGAGAAUUGCCUUAUUAGUCAAAACUAAGGCUUUUAAUGUGGCGCAAGCGGAAGCUGAGCCUUUUGGUACCUUGGACAAGCCGGAUUUAUACUAUCAGUUUUACCCGGAGAUGUACAAGGGGCGGUUGGGGUCCAUAGCAUCGUUUUCAUUCAGGUUGCUGUUAGGGGAGUUGCCUAUGCAUUGUGGGAAGGCCAAGGAUUCGUUGACAAGGUUGUUUAACAUUUUGGCCACUGUUAGGCAGAUGAUCGGAAACCUGAAACGCGGCGUGUGCGAGGACGGCAACCCAAUGGAAAUCACGGAAUCCGACCGCGCGGACUCUCUCCGCUUGUGGAACGGUCGUGAGGUGCGCGUUAUGCACUCCAUCGUCAACUGCGCCCUCUCGCUCAAACACUACGACCUAGCAACCGACAUCCUCGGCCAACUCAUCGAUAGAGAGGGCGCGCCCAGAGCGACUCUACUAAGCGCCUUGGGAAGACUGCAUUUGCAGAUGGGACACGUUGCAAGCGCGGAACAAUGUUUUAGUGAAGCAAGAGAGGCGCAAGGGUUUCCCCAAAAUGCCCCCUUGGGGUUCAGGGAGUUGGUAGAUAGGGGCUUAUUGGCGGUCGCGCAGAAUUCCUUCGAUGAUGCGUACGUGUCGUUUCAGCAGGCGAGCGCGUUGGAACCAUCUAAUAUUAUGAUUUUGAAUAACAUGGGUGUUUGCCUUUUAUACGGGGGACAUUUAAAAGAAGCAAUCGCUGUGCUGGAAUCUGCAAUUUCGUCGAACCCUGUCCACGCUUUGCACGAGUCGCUACUGCUUAACCUGUGUACCCUCUACGACAUGGAAUCGUCGCGAGGUAGAAUGAAAAAAUGGGCCCUACUACGUCAGAUAUCCAGGUAUCAAGCGGACGCUCCUACCUCUAUCUUGGAAAAGCUUUACGGAUAG